UUGAAUUGAAAAUUGUAGGAUUCACAUAUGGAAAUAUUAUUAAUCACAAAGACCCGCUUUGUUUGACGUUUUCUUAUCUUGUUUCAGCAUUUCAUUCAUAUUAAUAAUUGUGCCAUUUUUCAAGUAAAAGGGUUUGAUAUAUUUCUAGAGUUUCAAAGAACCAGUCAUUAAUAUCAAGAAGAUAGUUCUUGCUUUCUUUUGUUUGGCUUGUCGAAUUGUUCCCAUUGAUUGAAAUAAAGAUAUGAUUCGUUCGUUCUGCUCCUUUCUCCAAAUCGCUAUCUCUGAAAAAGCGUGAGCGAAAAUCUGCUAAUCGGAGCCGUUAGUGAAAAUUAUUCUUAGAGUUCUUUAUAUAUUAUAAUUUUUCAGAAUCUUUAAACUCUAGAUAAUUGUACAUUUUUUCAAAAUUUUACAACUUUUUAAAAAAUUUUCAAAAGUAAAUACUGACAAUAAGAAAGUCUACAUCUUUUUUAGAAUUCUUCAUUAUGUGAUAUGAAUUACUGGAAUACGAUUUCUAAAAUUUUUCAUUCUAUAAUAUAUAAUUUCUGAAAUUUAUCAAAAAAACUUAUACUUAGAAUCUGAAAAAGUUUAAGAUAUUUUUUUCAGAGAGCUUUUAAAUUUAAAUACAAGAUCUUAAAACAAAUUCUUAAAAAUAUAAGAUCUUUAAAUUUUUUUUCAACAGGGACGAUCCCUUUAAAAAUGCGGUCGGUACGUAUGGAUGUACAUACAUACAUCCAUACAUACAAAUACGGAUUUCGACACCCACGCCGCCCAUCGGAUAUUUUCGUCCUCUGGAAUUGAACUGCACUUCCGAGUUCCGAACCCAAUCGCGUCGGCGGUCCGCGCGCGGUAACGAAAGAAAAAAAAACAAACAAAGUAACAAAAACAUUCGCGCCGUCGUACCGUGCGCGCGGUUGUAUGUAUGUACGCGUGCAUACCUAUAUAUCGUCGCGGCCUAUUUACUCGCGGCGACGGCACGGAACACGCCCAUUCCGCGCGCUUACGCAAUCGUAAACAAUCGUCGGGCCAACGCGCGGGGUGACCAUACUGACCAUCACCGACGGCGUAUUUUCCGACGCGACGCUGCAUGGGGCACACGCGUUGUUCACGGCUAACUUCGCGCACGCACGGCGUUGGCGUUUAGAGUUUUUGCGGUUACUUGACAACAAGUGCGGGGAGUGUCGCGCGCCGAAACACAGCUGACAGCAAAGCUGCUGACACUCUCGCGUGCACUUGACAGCUGCGCGAUCGCCGCACGGCUCGGCUCCUCUCUCUCGAGAGAGUCUCCCUCCGUCCUUCCUUCAUCCUCUCGCGCGCGGAAAGCCAGUUCGGCGCGGGCGCUCGGCAGUGCACAGUGCAAGAAUAAUAAGUCAUUCAAUGGUUAACCAAAUACCUGUGCCGCAGGCCAAGUAUGAAUUGCUAACCAACAUACGACAACCGCGCUGGAGAACGCAGGUCGUCUGCCUAACUCUGUCAUUCCUGAUCGUCGGGGUGCUGUUUAUCACGCGCGCCUGGUUCGGCAUACUCCUGCUGAAAGCGCCGAGGGCCGACAGGUUCGUCGAGCAACACAUUGACGAUGCCAAGAUUGCUACGUGGCUACGUCGGGCUCGGAUGUACGCCGAGUCGACGAAGGAGAAUCAGAAUGCGGACAGGAACACAAGUGUUGGCGCAUCGGAGCAACGCCACCACGAUACAACCGGCCAGGUCCUCGUAUGCUACUAUACAAUACCGGGGGACCUGAACACGUCGUGGGAGCUCAGUCCGUCGCACAUUGACCCUCAUAUUUGUACGCAUAUUAUCGUGGGUUUUGCGGGCGUGGUGAACAGCACGCUCGACAUAGGCGACAGCGCGCCGGUGUACGAGCGAGUGGUUGCUUUAAAAAAUCUCGAACCUAACUUGAAGGUCAUGAUCAGCGCCGGCGGAAACAAUGAGCUCCAAUCCGGUUUCUCCGAGAUGGUGAAAAAUCACACCAAUAGAAAAAAGUUUAUCCAAUCAGUAUUAAAUGUGAUCAAAACCUUCCGUUUGGACGGCUUCGACGUUGACUGGGAGUUUCCAGCCUGGUUAGGGGCGGAUAAUCGCGAGAAGAUACACUUUGUGCAGCUGUUGCAAGAAAUGCGAAAGGAAUUCGAUCGCAGCGGACAAAAGCUGAUCUUAACAGUAGCAGUCGCAGCGCCGCAGGCAAUUGUGGAUCAGAGUUACAGUAUUCCUGAAAUGGCAGAGCACAUUGAUUUUAUAAAUCUCAUGUCGUAUGACUAUCAUUUCUUCGUUUGGUACUUCCCGGUGACGGAUCUGAACGCCCCGCUCUUUCCCCGCUGUACCGAAACCGGCUAUUUGUCCACGUUAAAUGUGAAUUUCUCUGCUCAAUACUGGGUGGCGAAGGGAAUGCCGCGGGAGAAGAUUGUCGUCGGCAUACCGGCUUACGGUCACUCCUACAAGCUCGACAAUCCAUUGAAUCACGAUUUACAAGCGCCAGCCAGCGGAUUCGGGAAGCUUGGCGUGAAGGGCUUUGUAUCUUAUCCUACGGUCUGUCAAUUUUUUAAAUCCGGAGCCACGAACGUCUUCAAUAAGGAAAGCCGUGUGCCAUAUGCGUUCAAGGACAAGGAAUGGAUAUCUUAUGACAACGAGGAGAGCAUCUUUUACAAGAGUACGUGGAUUCGUAACAACGGUUUCAAGGGAGCCAUGAUUCUAUCUUUAAACGUUGACGACUGGAACGGCACUUGCUACGGUACAAACGAGACGUUUCCGUUGACGCGUACCAUCUCGAAAGUAUUAUUUAAGGAAUCGGACAAGUAACGAGACGUCAAUAGGUAAUACUUUUAAGUGUACGCUAAAAUACGCGCAGUCAAUGAAUCUGUCUAUUCCGAAAGCUUAAGAGGUAUCUCGAAAUGAUCCAUUCCAUCCGCAUUCCUAUUUAAUAUAAUUACUUGAUAUUGUAUAUAUAUCUACCUCAGUUGCUCAAAGAUUCUUUUGUACAAAUAAGUUGCUGAAAUAUUUGAAGCACAUAGUAUUAUAUGCUGUAAUAGGACGUAGCACUUGUACCUGGUUGAGUCGAAUCAAAAAUAUUUAUACGCGAAAAGCAUUUACGCGCGUUGAAUUGUAUAGGUAAGGUAAAUUAUGUA